AAAGGAGAGGGGCACUAGAACACGUUGUCGCCGAUUCGAUAUCAUCAUCGGCUCCUGCAAAGCCACCGGAUACUAAGAGAUGGAUGGAUCUCAUUGAUCCUUUCUUCUUGCCGGCCGCUAGUUUUCGAUCACUAAUCGUCUUGAAACCGUCGCGUCAACUUGUUCGGUCAAAUUUGUGGUUAACAUAAUUAGUGAUUUUAGAAUAACAUUUUCGCAAACCAAUUUUUGCCGAACGAUUUACAAGUGCGUUUUUAUUGAAUAUUUCAAAACGGUAUACACGUUUCCUAGGCAAUACUAUUCAUAUUUUAAGGUUUAUCAUAAACAAUAGCAACAUGAUAUUAAGACUGCCACUGUUAUUGUGUGCGUUGCUAGCAUUCAGCAUGGCCGAAGAAGUAGACGUGAUUGAAGCGGUUUCAGGCACUCAACAAGCAAUCGAUGACCUUUUAGAAACUGACCAAAAACAUCAAUCAGCGCCAGUAUCGGCUCAGAACCGAGAAGAUGCUGAAUCACAUAACUCAGAUCAGUUGGCUGAAGAAACGGGUGAAGUUGGUGAUCAAGACACUUCUGGAUCUAUUCCAAAACACAAUUUCCUCAAGCCCCAAUCCGCUCCUUCUCGCGGUCAUCCGUCUUUAAACCGUGGUCCAUCACCACCCCCACCAUCUGGUAAAUAUCACCAUAAUGUAGUAUACCAUGGACCACCACCUCCACCACCCCAAUCAGGUCAACAACAACCUGCACCUCAACAGUCCGAAGCGAUGGACAAGGUUUACUCGGCAGGUCCUGUAGGAAACGCUUUGGGUGAUCCAUGGCCAAAUAGUGCAUCCGCUGACAUGCCAAAAAUUGUAUCUUUAGAUGUCAAGUGCGAGAAAAAUUCAAUGAAAGUUUUCUUGGGCUUUGACAAACCAUUCUUUGGCAUAGUGUUCAGUAAAGGUCACUACAGUAACGGCAAUUGCGUACAUUUGCCAGCUGGUCUCGGCCGUACAUCAGUCAAUUUUGAAAUUGGAAUACAUGCAUGUGGUACCACUGGCAACACCGAAAACGGUUUAUACGGAUAUGGAGCUGAUUCUGGAUCGGGUACUUACUUUGAAAACAUCGUUGUUGUUCAAUACGAUCCUCAAGUACAAGAAGUAUGGGAUCAAGCAAGAAAACUACGGUGCACGUGGCAUGAUCAAUACGAAAAGUCUGUGACUUUCAGACCGUUCCCAGUUGACAUGUUGGAUGUAGUUCGCACAGAUUUUGCUGGCGAUAAUGUUGGCUGUUGGAUGCAAAUACAAGUCGGUAAAGGACCUUGGGCCUCUGAAGUUUCUGGACUAGUAAAAAUUGGUCAGACAAUGACGAUGGUGUUGGCAAUUAAGGACGAUGAUUCCAAAUUUGACAUGCUUGUGCGUAAUUGUAUGGCUCAUGAUGGCAAGAGAGCACCAAUUCAACUUGUUGAUCAAAAGGGUUGUGUGACUCGAGGUAAGCUAAUGUCUAGAUUCACAAAAAUCAAGAAUUUUGGCGCUAGUGCCUCUGUAUUGUCUUACGCACACUUCCAAGCCUUCAAAUUCCCCGACUCAAUGGAAGUGCACUUCCAAUGUACCAUACAAAUUUGCCGUUACCAAUGCCCAGACCAAUGUUCUGACUCUAACGCCAUAUUAAACGCUCAGCAUGGUAACUUGCUAGCCGCUCAUCAUCCAGCUAUAGCUGCAGGACCCGAAUACGGACCACCUUCACCACCUUCAGAUUUAUAUGCCCGUAUUGGUUCAGUAUCUCAUCCAAGAGACGAGCGACGCUUCAAGACAAGACACCGUAGGGCUGCUACCGAAGAAGAAGAGGUUGGAGUAAACCGUAUCAUUAAAGUAGUCUCUACCGGAGACUUGACUUUUGCUAUCGAUGAAUCUAACAAUUCGACCACAAUGGUUUUCCCUACGAGAACUGUUGACCCAUCUUCCAUGAUCUGUAUGACUACCGUAGGAUUUUCUGCCACGCUUAUGGCGUUACUUGGUAUCUUAUUAGUAUCUUGUCUCGUCUCCGCUUAUUUGUGUCUACGCAUCAAAUCAAUGCCACAGAGACAGAAGAACGCUCAAGUAGCCCGUACCAAUCCAACCCUUCAUCCUGCUCACAAGACCAAGACAAUGCACCACAGUAUGUUCACGUGAGAAGUGAUCUUAAGUAAUUGGUAAUGUCAUCAACGUCAUUAUGCACAUAGUAUACACACGUCCGUGUUAAACCAAAGUCCCCUACCCUCCUCCCCCGCCGCUAGUAGUAACGUGUCGAUAUUUGAUGACAUAUCGCUACGCUACAAAAUACUUAGGUAUUUAUUUAUUUUCGUUACAACCUAACGUAUACAAUAUUUUUAUUGUUAAACGUUUAGAAUUUCUUUUUUUUUUUUUAUCGG